GUUGUCAUUUCGCGAAAUAUCUUUGAUACAACAAAUAAGUGCUUAUAAUAUAUAAAAAUUAGUGAUAUAAAGUGCAAAGCGCAGUUAUUGCUGGUGUGCAUUGUGCGGGAAGAUACACAAAAAUACAAAUGCUGUGAAAUGUGUUCAGUUCUUUGAUGAGCCCAAUUUCAUUUUGUGUCUACCAAUAAGAGAGUUAAUACAGCGUUAAUACAACAAAAGGAAAAAUAGUCAAAGAAAAAGGCGGCUAAACUAAGAAGAAGCAACGGCAUUAGGCAACAACGCAAACAACAAGAGCAACAUGGCCACCGAAAUGGACGAGCUCAUUGAGCAGCUGAAGACGACAAGCGUUAGCCUGGACAACACAACGACGACACUUCUCUGCGAAAUCUCUUCCACAAAGGAUCCCAAAUUGUUUGACAAACAUGAGCUGGCCGAGUGCUUUCUUCGUCUGACACAAUGCGAGGACACGAAUGUGCGUAAGGAGGCGGCGAAAUGCAUAGCCGAGAUAACUAAAUCGGAGGUGCAACGCAAAAAGUUUACCAAACGCGAUAUCAUCUCCGCCUUCCUCGAAUGCCUGCGUCAUGUCCCAGCAGCCGAUGGGAGCAUGGAGCUGCCUAUACAAAUAUGCCGAGCACUGGGCAACAUUUGCUACUUGAAUGAUGAAGCACGGGAUCUGAUAUUGGAGCUGGAGGGCGAUGCGGUGCUGUUGCGGCUAUUGGACAUCGCGGAAAUUGAGGAUACGGUGAAUGCGCCGCAGUUCAUCAAAGUUAGGGGCGGCCUGCUCUCCAAUUAUCUGCUGGGUGGCGAGGGUUUGGCCAAGCGCGCCAUGGAACUAGGCAUUAUGCAGCAACUGCAACGCAUUGUCGACACAGGCGCCAGCAAUGUGGAACAGCACGAGGACUUGCUGCUCAAUACGCUGCCCCUGCUGAGCAUACUUACCGAAAAUGUGGCCGAUCUUAACUUUGAUUCACACUUGAACAUAAAAUUGUCACGCAUCUUAGCUGCUUCCACCAAUCCCGAUCUGGCCGAGAUGUGCCUGGAGCUGUUGCACUACCAAGCGGAAAGCGAUGAAGUCAAGCUGCUGCUGGCCAAGGAUGGCCUUUGCGAGACAAUCUACAAUUUGCUGGAGAAAUAUAAAACGCUGGCCAGCACCAGCGAGGCGCGUGCGCUAAUGAAACUGGCUUGCGAACUAAUUGUGCUCAUUCUAACGGGCGAUGAAUCAAUGCAUUACUUGUAUACGACGUCGCUGCUUAAGAACAUGGUCGAUUGGCUGGACUCCACGGACAUUGAUUUGCUAACCACCGGUGUACUGGCUCUGGGCAACUUUGCGCGCACUGAUAGCCAUUGUAUUUACUUUGUAGAACAGCAAACGAUGAAUAAACUGCUCCAGGUGCUGGCCAAGAAUAAUGGCGUAAAGGACGAUGUGCGCCUGCAGCAUGCGUUGCUAAGUGCUCUACGCAAUCUGGUCAUACCGAAGCCAAAUAAGAAUGCGGUUAUUCAGGCGGGUCUGGUGCAGACCAUAUUGCCCAUGCUGGAAAUCCAUCAGCCACCGGUGGUAUUCAAGCUGCUCGGCACGUUGCGCAUGACCGUAGAUGGUCAGGAGAAACUGGCAUUGGAGCUGCUGAAAAACAAGACUCUGAUUGAACAGCUCGUGCAUUGGAGCAAAUCGUCCGAUUAUGCGGGCGUUACUGGUGAAUCGUUGCGUCUGAUGGCCUGGCUGAUUAAGCAUGCGUAUCUCAGCAAAAUUGCCUAUGCGCUGCCACGCAAAGGUGACGCGCCAGCCGAACAGAUUGCCGAUAAGAUACCCUUAGCGCAGGACUACGAUCGUAGCAGUCUGAAUGAAUUUCUUAGCAAUGAGGGCACCGUGGAAGCCAUGGUCAACAUGUUAACAGCACAGCAUCUAGUCAUGCAGAACGAAGCAUUGAUUGCACUCUGUAUACUCUCGGUGGUAUACUUGUCGCAGCCAGGCAGAGAAGCGGAGCAGGCUCAACGUUUGCAAGACGAGCUGAUCAAAUGCAAUGUGGGCGCCAAGCUAGCCGAGCUGAUAGCCAAGUCGUCGGAUAGCAUGACCAAGGAGAUUGUUGAGAACCUUGAGAACUGUAUUAAUCUGCUAAAGACAGCAGAGAAACUGGUCGCACAUCUUGAGCAGCACAACAUUAACGAGUUACUCAAAUCCAUACCCAUCCUAACGGAAUACUGCACCUUGUAAGGACUUAGGAGCAGGCACACUUUUGCAUUUAUACGAGUAAUUAACCCUCGCUGUCCAAGCACCGCUAGUUGCCUAUUACAGCAAAAAAAAAAAA